GCAUGAGGACUGUGUGGUCACAUCUCGAGACUUUUCCAAUAAUGAAAUAAAGUUCAUGCUAAUGAGGAUAAUUCAUCUGAGACAUACUUUCAAGCGUGGAGAGGAAUUGCUCAGAGGAAAUGUUAGUUCACGCUGACAACCCUUUAAACGUAAAUUGAUCGGGAAAAGGGGGGAGCCAUUUUUUCCUGAAACCGAGGCGCAGCACAACAGUUCUAUGCGUAACAGAGUUGGCAUGGGUAAUGAAUCAAGAUGAAUGAAGACGUGUAUGAUGCACGGGAGCAGAAUGAGUACCGCUAUCUUGUUCAGGAGGAAGGUGAGGAGGAGGUGCAGUAUUGUAGACGGAGCUAUGUUAGCCCAUUCUUAGUCCUCUCUCGGAGGUGCAUCUUCCUCAUCUGCUGUGGGGUGCUCUGCCUCCUGACCCUAGCAGGCUACCUGGCCUAUGUAGCUCAGACUCCCCCACGUGGCUUUGUAGAUGUCUACACUGAAUGUGGAGAGAUUUGGGGCCGCGUGAAAGAUGGGGUUUAUUCCUUCAAGGGGAUCCCUUAUGCUGUGCCUCCAGUCGGGGACCGGAGGUGGAAGCCUCCAGCCAACCUCCUAGAAUCUGGCCUCUGCUGGAAAGGGGUCUAUGAUGCCACCAGGUCUCGAGACAUGUGUGCCCAGGUGCACCCCAUGGAUGAGCAUGGCAAGGUGUUGGGGGAGGAGGACUGCUUGCAUCUGAGUGUCUGGACCCCCACUCUUCAGACAGACGCGAAACUGCCUGUGAUGGUGUGGCUCCACGGGGGGUUUCUGCACAUGUUGAGUGGGUCUGAGAAGGGCUACUCUCCCAGUGAAGAGCUGACAGCCCAGACUGGACUGGUUUACGUCAGCUUGAAUUACCGUCUGAAUGCCUUCGGCUUCUUGGCUCUUGAGCUUUUGCGACAAGGCUCCCCCACCAACACGUCUGGAAAUUAUGGCUUCAUGGACCAGAUUGCAGCACUGCAGUGGGUUCAGAGAAACAUUCAUGUAUUUGGUGGAGAUCCAGGAAAUGUCACUCUGUUUGGGCAAAGCUCCGGAGGGACAUCUGUAUGGACCAUGAUGAUGUCACCAUUGGCUAAGGGCCUGUUCCACAGGGCAAUUGACAUGAGUGGCUCAUACAUCUACAACAGCUCCCUGGAGAAAGCUGAAAAGGACAACCUGGUAUUCCUGAAUAACUCUGGCUGCCAGGAUCUAGCAUGUCUGCACAAACUCUCUAAGGCCCAGGUCCUCAAGGCCAUCCCAUGGAAAGAAUACCCUUACUGGGCAGCAGAGGAUUUAACUGACUUACCGAUGAAAAACAGGUUUGUUGGCCCUGUGGCUGUAGUGGAUGGGUACGUUCUGCCAGAUGCCCCUUUCAAGAUGUGGGAAAAAGGAAAAGGCUACAAUGAUGUUCCCUUUGUCAUCGGCACCACUGAGCAGGAAGUUGACUUCAGUCCACCUUAUCAGAACAUUUCAGUAUGGACUUGGGAUGACUACCGAUGGUUUGUGACAGAUAAAUUGACCCCUUUCGGAAGAAAUCUAUCUAAGCAAGUCCUGGACCUUUACCCCGUCUCUGAAAAAUGUCCCACAAAAGACCGUUGUCCCGAGCGACUCUACACCACCAUUGUUUCAGACAUGCGAGAAACCUGCCCCAACAAUGACCUGGCCAGCAGAGCUGCAAAGGCCUUGAAGAGCCCUGUGUACCGCUACGUAGUGACUCAUACACCUUCCAAACAAGCAAGUGUCUCCAAACUGCUGCCGUUUCCCAGUCGCUUCUCAUUCCACUUGCUGGAUAGCCUGGCCUUCUUCAGGGGUCUGAAAGCGGUGUUGGGAGAGACAAGCCUGCAGGAUGACAGUUUCCAAGACACCAUGACAAAGUACUUUAUCCAUUUUGCUAAAACAGGUGAGAUGCCUGGUGAGUGGCCACAGUACCCGCCAUACACAGCACUGCUCUCCAGUAAUAUCACUGUGGCCCAAAACUACAGUGCCAUGAGGUGCACACUGUGGGAACAAAAUGGCUUCUAUCCCUAUGCAUGGAUAAACUGAGUCUAUGAAGACCAGCGCAAUGAAUUUACAGCUUUUACUGUUUUUUUUUUUUUUAACAUAUGUGAUGUAUAUGGGGGAAAAGUACAUAAUUAGAAUGUGAAGAGAUGUGUUGAUUGAAAAAAUCUAUAUGCAGUUUGAAUGAGUUAAAAGGAAAAGUACUUGAAGGAAUUUUUUUUAUCAUUGACAGUAAAUGAGGAAAGAUGGGUUACUUGGCAAAUUUAGAAUUGAGUUUUUAGGUUGUAAAAAUCCCCUUUUGUGUUUUCUAACAGAAUGUGAGGCUCUUAAACCACUAUAAUGACAUAGGCUAUGCUCAGUAACUGCUACAUUGCUUUACUUGUCGUAAUACACUUAAUCAUUGCUAUUCAAUUUGCAAGGAAGUCUGUGCCAUCCUUUUAUAUAUUAUGAAGUGGAGGAAUGCCAUUGUUCAAUUUAUAUGGAGCAGACUUAUUUGGAAAGGAACACAACUAAAGGAUGAAUUAGUUAACAUUAAGCUACCUCUUCUGUUAACACAUCUGCAAAUAUUUUCUACACUGUUUACAUAUGGCUUCACGACAAUAUGGCUGCACUAUAAUAUAAACUUUUUUGUUGCUUUUUUGUAUUUUUUAAACUGUCUUCAAUGUAUUUGAGGUUCUUCA